AUGCUCGAGCACAGUGUCCCUAAGUACUUGCUCAUCCGCGUCGCCAUUCUCGCGCUGCGGCUCGUCCUGCCGCUCAGCAUCUUCUUCUGCAGCUUCAGCAUCGCCGAGCACCCGCAGACCGCAUUUACCCGCUUCCUGCUCGCCUGGGCCAUCAUCGAGACGGCGUUCUGGCUCCUUGUCUUCAUACCCCGAAAGCGCUCUCUGCAGGCAGAAGCCCCGCAUCCCCCGCCGCCGAACCAAGAAGAGCGCAAGGAGCUGUUUUGGAAGAUCUGGGGGAAGAUACCAGAGCCAGAGGGAUACAUCUCGAGGUGGUUCCUGGGCGCAAGAAGCCAUGAGAUCAGGCGGGAGAAUGUGAAGGAGUUUUUCAGGUGGGCUCUGUUAUACAAGGGCGACGAGAAGGUCGAGAAGAAAGCGCGGACUGAAGCCGCGGAGGGCGAGCAAGAGAGCAUCGAGGUAGACGACGGGGUCAGCAGCAAAGCCGAGGAGGAGAGCGAGCUUGACGAGUAUGUCGACGGCGUACAGACGCUGCUAGGGAGGCGCAUCGAGCCCGGGCGAGGACCCGCCAAGAGCCUGCGCUUGACUGUGGAUGAAGUCAAGAUGCUGCACCGGCCUGUGCUGUGGUAUAUGAUUGUGAUGAUGGUCGACACUCUCACCGCCGCCUACCUCCGCUUCCACGGCUUCCAGCUCUACCGCACCCACGUCAAGAAAGCCCUCUCCAUCUUCCCUCCCCGCGUUGCAUCCUUGUUCACCCGCCACAUUUCGCCUGCGCCAGAAUUGUCCUACUGGUAUCGCCCGCAUACUUCCAAAACCCGCCUUCCCAUCCUCUUCAUCCACGGCAUCGGAAUCGGCUUGUAUCCCUAUUCCAAGUUCUUCACCGAGAUCAACAAGCACGACCCUCUCGGUCCCGCGGACGGCGAAAUCGGAAUUCUAGCUGUCGAGCUUAUGCCCAUCAGCUUCCGUAUCACAGACAGAAUCCUCGACUCCGACGAGAUCUGCCGCCAAAUCCACCUCAUCCUGGCGCGUCAUGGCUUCGAUAAAGUAGUGCUCGCAAGUCAUUCGUACGGAAGCGUCGUAACCACGCACCUUCUGCAGGAUGCACGGACGAAGGACAAGAUCGGACCAAUGCUCUUCGUCGAUCCGGUGACAUUCCUGCUGCAUCUUCCAGAUGUCGCAUACAACUUUACGGCACGCAGGCCGCGCCGUGCGAACGAGCAUCAACUAUAUUAUUUCGCGAGCGCAGACAUGAUGGUCAGUCAUACGCUCGCGCGACACUUCUAUUGGGCACAAAAUAUUCUGUGGAAAGACGAGCUUAGAGGGCGCGACGUCACCGUCUCGCUGGGCGGUAGAGACCUGAUUGUUGAGACAGAGACGGUGGGCAGGUACCUUGCUGGCGUGGACUUGAAGAGUGAGGAUGGGACUUGGAAGGACCGAGAGAUGCGCGGCGAAGGCUUAGAGACCAUAUGGUGGCCGACUUGCGACCACGCGCAGGUUUUCGAGCGGAAGGAAGGGCGAGCGAAGCUGGCGAGCGUGUUGAGGAAGUAUGUGGAGAAGAAGGGAGACGAGGACGAGGAUGAGCUGCCCUGA